AUAAUAUCCGGUGCACUGGCGAAACUCGUCCUUCUUCAUCAGCACGCUUUCCCUUCGGAUCGGCUCCGUUACCGGGUGGCUCAAGCUCGCACGUGCACAUUACGCCGAAUACAUCCGUAAUAUCUGUGUCAUGACUAAAGAAGACGUGAAAGGGGCAGCGGAGGAGGAGCAGGCGCAGUCCAAGAAAGCGUUGAAAAAACAGCAGAAGGAGGCGGAGAAGCAGGCCAAAAAGGCAGAGAAGCAGGCCAAGAUGGCCACCGAGCAGCAGGCUACUGAUGAAGAUGACUUUGCUAAGGAUCGCUACGGGGUGUCUGCCAUGGUCCAGUCACAGGAGAGACUAGGCAGGACUCUGAUCCGCGUUCAGGACCUCACACCAGAGAAAGCCAAUCAGCUGGUGUGGGUGCGUGCGAGGAUGCACACCAUCCGGGCCAAAGGGAAGCAGUGCUUCUUGGUUCUCCGUCAGCAACAGUUCAAUGUCCAGGCCCUUGUCGCCGUAGGAGACCGAGCGAGCAAGCAGAUGGUGAAGUUCGCUGCAAACAUUACUAAGGAGAGCAUCGUGGACGUGGAGGCCGUCGUACAGACGGUAGAGCAGAAGAUAGAGACCUGCACCCAGCACGAUGUCGAGCUGCAUGUUGAGAGGAUCUUUGUGAUCAGUCAGGCUGAUGCCAGGCUGCCUCUCCAGUUGGAGGAUGCGGUGAGACCUGAUGUAGGGGUGGAGGAGGAAGGGAGAGCAACUGUUAACCAAGACACACGGCUGGAUAACCGAGUCAUUGAUCUGAGGACUACGACCAGCCAGGCCAUCUUUCGCCUGCAGUCAGGAGUGUGUCAGCUCUUCAGGGACACUCUCCUCCAGAAGGGCUUCGUGGAGAUCCAGACACCUAAAAUCAUCUCAGCCGCUAGCGAGGGAGGUGCCAACGUCUUCACGGUGUCGUACUUUAAGACCAGCGCCUACCUGGCCCAAUCCCCCCAGCUCUACAAGCAGAUGUGCAUCUGUGCUGACUUCGACAAGGUCUUCUGCAUCGGACCAGUGUUCAGAGCCGAAGACUCCAACACCCAUCGCCACUUGACUGAGUUUGUGGGUCUGGACAUAGAGAUGGCCUUUAACUACCAUUACCACGAGGUCCUAGACUCCAUCACAGACACCAUGGUGGAGAUCUUUAAGGGCCUCAGGGACAGGUUCCAGACGGAGAUUCAGACGGUGUGUAAGCAGUACCACAGCGAGCCGUUUAAGUUCCUGGAGCCAACCCUGAGGCUGGAGUAUCAGGAGGGCGUGGCCAUGCUCCGCGCCGCUGGGGUGGAGAUGGGGGACGAGGAGGACCUGAGCACACCUAAUGAAAAACUACUCGGCCGGCUCGUCAAGGAGAAGUAUGACACCGACUUCUAUGUGCUGGACAAAUAUCCACUGGAAGUGAGACCCUUCUACACCAUGCCAGAUCCCCACAACCCAAAAUACUCCAACUCGUACGACAUGUUCAUGCGGGGAGAGGAGAUCCUGUCUGGAGCGCAGAGAGUGCACGACGCCCAGCUGCUGACUGAGCGGGCCUCACAUCAUGGCAUCGAUCUGGAGAAGAUCAAGGCAUACAUAGAUUCCUUCCGCUAUGGAGCACCUCCUCACGCAGGCGGGGGCAUUGGUCUGGAGAGGGUCACCAUGCUCUACCUGGGCCUUCACAACAUACGCCAGACCUCCAUGUUCCCACGUGACCCCAAGCGCCUAACACCCUGAGGGGUCAUGGUUAUGCCCCACGACCGAGAGCAUGACCUCACUGACACCAGCACGUUGGGGACCGGGCGUUGCCAGGACGACAGAGUGCCACUGAUUAAUGUUCAGUAAAUUCAUCUACUUUUUAAUAUUUCAUACUAAGGUGUACGACUUGGUUUGGUCUAUGCAACAUACGGUAAAGAUGGAGACGAUUACAGAAUAAUGAACUUAAAAGCAUCUGAAGGGAAUCGGUAAUCAGUAACCACAGAAACCAGAGAUUAUACCAGGGCUUGGAUUAAACCAUAGAUAUUAUUAUGCCAGGGCUUGGAUUAAACCAUAGAUGAUAUUAUACCAGGGCUUCAGUUAAACCAUAGAUGAUAUUAUACCAGGGCUUCAGUUAAACCAUAGAUAUUAUUAUACCAGGGUUAGGAUUAAACCAUAGAUGAUAUUAUACCAGGGUUAGGAUUAAAGCAGAUUGUUAUACUGACAUGUCUGACAUCUUGUGAUCAGAACAUGUUUUUUACUGAAUCACCUUUGUUACUUGACACACAAGGUUAACCAACUGCUGCAGUAAUUAUUAAUAUUUUUAACAGAUAAACAUGGAAUAAUGAUAUAAGUAAUAAAUAAUGCGUCUUCAUUAAAUGAA